CUCCAUUACCAUUUCCCACCACCAAAUUCGCAAAUUCUCUCUCACAGAAUCAGUAUUUCUAUCAAUACAAAACAUAUUCCAAUUACUUUGCAAACUUUUAUUUGUUGAUUUUCCGUUUCAAUUUCAUCUCACCGCCGCUGCUCAAAACCCUAAUUACUAUUCGCUUAGCGUAGCGGUGAACUAAGUUACAGAAAUGGAUGUUAACGGGAAAGAUGAUUUGAAAGAACCACUUUUGCCACCCUCUGAUGCUGUUGUACUUGAUAUAAAAUCGACUCCGAGCAUGCAUAAAGGGGUUAGAACCAUUACAUUUAAAAUAGGUGGGAUGGAAUGUGCAUCAUGUUCAAUGUCCAUCGAAUCUUUACUUCAGAAACUGAAUGGUAUUGAGAGCGUCGUUGUGUCAGCACUUCAAGGCCAGGCUGUAGUGAAAUACGUGCCAGAUCUUGUUGAUGUAAAAACGAUAAAAGAAACCGUUGAAGAUGCUGGUUUUGAAGUCACUGAUUUUUUAGAGCAAGACAUUGCAGUAUGUCGACUCAAAUUAAAGGGAAUGAUGUGUACGAGUUGCUCCGAGUCAAUUGAGCGUGUCCUUUUGAUGGUUGAAGGUGUGAAAAAGGCGGUUGUUGGUUUAGCUCUUGAAGAAGCAAAGGUAAACUAUGAUCCAAAUGUGACCAAUACUGAUCGCAUUAUUGAAGCAGUGGAAGAUGCUGGUUUUGGGGCAGAUCUUAUAGGGUCUGGAAAUGAUGGAAACAAAGUGCAUAUAAAACUUGAAGGUAUUGUCUUUCCAGAAGAUAUGACAGCCAUCAAGUCUUCGUUGGAGUCCCUUAGUGGAGUAAAUCAUAUUGACUUUAAUAUGGAAGACUGUAAGGUAACUGUUGGAUAUGAUCCAGAUUUGAUCGGUCCAAGGUCACUUAUACAGUUCAUCCAAGAAGCUGGUACCGGCUCUGCUAAUUAUCAGGCUGGAUUAUACAUUCCAGAAAGACGACAUGAAACAGAAAAAAACCAUGAGAUGAAAAUGUACAGAAACCAGUUUUUGUGGAGCUGCGUCUUUUCGAUUCCACUAUUGUUGUUCUCUAUGGUACUCCCUAUGAUGCCUCCUUAUGGAAAUUGGUUGAUGUAUAAAGUUCAUAACAUGCUUACUGUUGGAAUGGUUCUGAGAUGGAUCCUCUGUACACCGGUGCAGUUCAUCAUUGGUAAAAGGUUUUAUGUUGGAUCAUAUCAUGCCCUGAGGCGAAGAUCGGCUAAUAUGGAUGUUUUGGUUGCUCUCGGCACUAAUGCUGCUUACUUUUACUCUGUAUACACAGUAAUAAAAGCCCUGAUUUCAGAUGCAUUUGAGGGACAAGAUUUCUUUGAGACUAGUACUAUGCUGAUAUCAUUUAUUCUUCUGGGAAAAUAUUUGGAGUCUAUUGCUAAAGGAAAGACAUCUGAUGCUUUAGCAAAAUUGACGGACCUUGCUCCUGACACAGCUUGCCUUGUGAGAAUGGGUGAUGAUGGAAAUGUUAUUUCAGAAACUGAAAUCAAUUCUCAAUUAAUAGAAAAAAAUGACAUUCUAAAGAUAUUUCCUGGGUCAAAGUUUCCCGUUGAUGGUACUGUUAUUGAUGGUCAUGGUUAUGUGAAUGAAAGCAUGAUUACAGGAGAAGCAAUUCCAAUUGCUAAAAGUCCUGGUGACAGGGUGAUUGGUGGCACGGUAAAUGAGAAUGGAUGCUUGUUGAUCAAGGCCACUCAUAUUGGAUCAGAGACUGCACUUUCACAAAUUGUUCAAAUAGUUGAGGCCGCUCAACUUGCAAGAGCUCCUGUACAAAAGUUAGCUGAUAAGAUAUCAAGGUUUUUUGUACCCGCGGUUGUUGCUGCUGCUGUUAUAACAUGGCUGGCGUGGUUUAUUCCUGGAGCAUUUGGACUUUAUCCUAAAAGCUGGAUACCAAAAGCUAUGGAUGAGUUUGAGCUUGCACUACAGUUUGGAAUUUCUGUUUUAGUUGUUGCGUGCCCUUGUGCCCUAGGUCUAGCUACACCUACUGCAGUUAUGGUUGCCACAGGUAAGGGGGCUACACAAGGUGUCCUCAUCAAGGGUGGAAAUGCACUUGAAAAAGCCCACAAGGUUAACACAAUUGUCUUUGAUAAAACGGGAACAUUGACUGUUGGAAAACCAGAAGUCGUUAGUGCUGUGCUCUUUUCUGAAAUUCCAAUGGACGACUUCUGUAAUAUGGCGAUUGCUGUAGAGGCAAAUAGUGAACAUCCAAUAGCAAAAGCGGUUGUUGAGUAUGCCAAGAACCAACUGCCUGAUCAUAAAGUUCAAAACGGGAAGGGGUCGGUGGUGAAAGACUUUGAGGUGCACCCCGGAGCUGGUGUGGGGUGUAAAGUUGGAGAUCGAACUGUUUUGGUUGGGAACAAGAAGCUUAUGAGGUUAUCGAAUGUACCAGUUGAGCUUGCGGUGGAGAACUAUUUUUCAGACAAUGAAAAACUGGCUCGCACUUGCGUAAUAGUGGCAAUUGAUGGGAAGGUUGCUGGUGCUUUUGCAGUUACUGACCCAGUCAAACCAGAGGCUGCACGGGUGAUAUCUUUUCUCCGGUCAAUGAACAUUAAUAGUAUUAUGGUAACCGGUGAUAACUGGUCAACCGCAACUGCCAUCGCAAACGAGGUUGGAAUCGAAAAUGUGUUUGCUGAGAUCGAUCCCGUGGGGAAAGCCGACAGAAUAAAGGAUUUGCAGGCGAGAGGGAAAGUAGUUGCAAUGGUGGGAGACGGAAUAAACGACUCACCUGCUCUCGUUGCAGCCAAUGUGGGGAUGGCGAUUGGUGCAGGAACUGAUGUAGCUAUUGAAGCGGCUGAUAUAGUGCUCAUCAAAAGCAAUUUAGAAGAUGUGAUCACAGCCAUCGAUCUCUCAAGAAAGACAAUAUCACGUAUUCACCUUAACUAUGUGUGGGCCCUUGGUUACAACAUACUCGGCAUGCCAAUUGCAGCUGGAGUGCUGUUCCCAUUCACAGGAAUCCGGUUACCUCCUUGGUUGGCUGGAGCUCUCAUGGCUGCUUCUUCUAUUAGUGUGGUCUGUUCUUCACUCCUCUUGCAGACUUAUAAGAAGCCUUUUACGUACACAAAGUGAAAAAAAAAAAAAAAACAUUACGAGUAGUUUGUAAUUUACAUCUUUGCUUUCAGCUCUGAAUAAACGGCUGGAAAAGUACAUAAGUUGAGCCAUUUAACAAAAACAUUACAUACUCAUUAUUUGUAAUGUUAUUCCCUGAUUCGUUUA